AUGACAAGAUUGGAUCCAACAAACGGUGGUGGUCAAGAAAUGAAGAAGAUGCAGCAGAUGUGGCUUCACAGUAUCCGCAUAAAUGAGAGAGAAACGAAGAAGAUGCAGCAGAUGUGGCUUCACAGUAUCAGCAUGAAUGAGAGAGAUUCUUAUUUGGGAACAUUGUCCCGUUGCUGCCUCUCGAAGAAACGUAUACCAAGAUUGUUAAUUGGACCGAUGAUAUGGGUUGGUAGUGCAUGUCUAAGGAAUGAUGUGAGGGGAUGGCAAAAUAAGUCCACACGGCUGAAGAAAGUCUUAAGACAAAAGACUACGAAUGGGAAACAGAUCCUUACUUUGCUACACCCACGGCUUAAGAAUAUCUUUGUUCGAUUACAUGGAUGGAAUGGAGUAUAACGACCAAAGGCUUGAUGGAAUGUACAUAACGAGCAGUGGCUUUAAGCAGAGAGAACCAUUUGGAUGGGGAAAAAAGUUUUAAGACUAAGGCUUAUGACCCCAGACAAAGACAGAGACGAAAGCAGGUAACUCACGGCUUAGGAAAGAAAAAGACUAAUGGCUAUGGCUUAGACAAGUCUUAAGACAAAGACUAUGAGUCAGAUUUCGUCGGGUUUGAUGAUUAAAACUACCAACGGCUUAAAGAAGUCUCAAAAAGACAAAGUGAGACGAGAAUAGUAGAUUCUUUAAGACAAAGGCUUAUGACCCAAGAACUAUAUAUGUUUGAUUACAAUAAGGCUUAAAAGUGGAGAAAGACACAGACUGAGACGAAAACAGGUACCUCACGGCUUAUGGAAAAAAAAAGGAGACUAAUGGCUUAAAAAGACUAAGGGCUGGACAAAAACGAUCAAUGGCUUAGACAAGUCUUAAAGACAAAGACUAUGAGUCAGAUUUCAUGGUGUUGGAUGAUUAAAAUUUAAAACUACCAAUCGGCUUAAUGAAGUCUUGAAGACAAAGAGAGACGAGAAUAGAUUCUUCAAUUUAUACCACUCACGGCUUAGAAAAAGUAUUGACAAAGACUGUGGGUUGAUCUUUGGCUUGUUGGAUGAAAUAAAAGGCUUGUUGGAUGAAAUAAACGAUCAACGGCUUAAGAAAAGUCUUAAGACAAAGACUACGAAUCAAAAACAGAAUCCUUAAGAAUACACAAACGGCUUAAAUAUGUCUUGAGACAAAGGCUAUGAACCAAGAACAGUUUCUAUUCGAUAACCACAAGGCUUAUAGACUGUGGGUUUGGUUUCAGCGACCAAUGGCUAAAAAAAAGUCUUACCACUCACAAAAAGCCAAAAGACAAAAAACUGUGGGUUGGUUUCUGACUAACAAAGGUCUUACGAGAAACGCCAAAACGACCAACGGCUUACAAAGGUCAAGACAAAGACUAUGACUGUAACUCUCUCGGCUUAUAUAAGACAGAGACUAUAGAUGAAAACACAAUCCAAGGCUUGAAUGAAACAAAAACUCUAAAGACAAGGACUGAAACAAAAGUCUCAAGACAGAUUCUUUGGAUGGGAUUAACGACCAGGGACUGAAACAAAAGUGUGAAGGCUUAGACUAUGAUUGGAAAACAGAUUCUCUGUUGAUUCGUUGGAUGGAAAAUACAAGCAGCAGCUUCAAAUACUACGAAUGAAUAAGUAGAGACUAAUUAAUUCUGUUGUUUUAUUUUCAGGUAUGUGCUUCGGAAGGUGUUCUUAGGAGAUUUUAAGUGUAGCAAAUUCUGUAACAGGUUCCAAAAAGAUGGAUUUGGUCUCAAAAGUUGAAAUCAGCGAUCUUCCAAAUCAUCUGAUUUCCCAUAUCUUGUCUUUCCUUUCCACCAAAGAAGCUGCUUCCACAUCUCUUCUCUCGAAAAGAUGGCGUUUUUUGUUUGUAUAUGUGAAAAAUCUUUAUUUUGAUUACAACGCAAGUGAAAGGGAUCCCAGAAGUUAUAUUGAAUUUGUGGAUAGAGUAUUGGAUUUGCAAACUGUGAUAGGGAGUGGCACAGUUAACAAAUUCUCUCUAAGUUGUGGAGAUGGUAUUGAUCCAUUUUCUCUCACUCGUUGGAUGGAUAAUGUGUUGCAACGUGGUGUAUUGGAUCUUGAUCUAAACGUGUUUUUCUUGGAUUAUUUGCCCUACAAGCUCCUGUUUGAGAACAAGUCACUAGUUAAGCUGAGAAUAGGAUCGAGAGAGGGUUUCUUGUUUAC